AUACCACCUAUGAAAGGAAGAUCUCUGCAAUAGUCAUGAGGAAGAAGAAACCAAAAUAUUCUCCUCUAUUUCUCUCUAUUAAAUCACUGAUUUAGAGGGAAAUGUGAAGCUAUAUAUAAAUCCAUAUAUAUAUAUAUAGUUAGUGAAGUUGCAAAUCAAAUUAGAGAUAUCAUGGGAAUAUUGCAGCUUCCUACUUCCAUUCCUGCAAAUCUCCAACUUCAAGCAAAGCUUUCCAAUCCUAAAUCAGGUUAUUUUCGUGGAAAAUGUUUAUCAAAUUCAUUUCCUUCUUCGUCUUCUCCGCGAAGCUUGUUCAUGUCCAAUUCCCAGCAACCUCAGUAUCCCAUGUCACCGCCUCCUCUAACAAAUCAGAGUGUUGCAGCUAUUGUAUUUGGAGAUGGAUCAGAAUCAAGGCUUUAUCCAUUAACAAAGAGAAGAUCAGAAGGGGCAAUUCCUUUAGCAGCAAAUUACAGGCUAAUUGAUUCAGUAGUGAGCAACUGUAUUAACAGUAACAUUAACAAGAUUUAUGCCAUUACACAAUUCAACUCUACUUCUCUUAAUUCUCACCUCUCAAGAGCUUACAAUGGAUUAGGCCUUGGAAAAGAAGGUUUCGUCCAAGUGAUUGCAGCUUAUCAGAGUCCUGAAGACCAAGGAUGGUUUCAGGGAACUGCUGAUGCCAUGAGAAGAUGCUUGUGGGUAAUGGAAGAGUUUCCGGUAUCAGAGUUUUUGAUUCUUCCUGGUCACCAUUUGUACAAAAUGGACUACCAGAAACUGAUAGAAGCUCACAGGAGUAGUCAGGCUGAUAUAACAAUUGCUGCUUUAGGUUAUAUCAGAGAACCAGACCCAGGUUUUGGCCUUCUGACAGUGAAUUCACAAAAUGAAGUUGCAGAGUUUAGUUUCAAUUCAGAAAAAGAGCCAAGAACUGUUAUCUCUGCAGUAAAAAGCUCAAGAAAGUUAAAUAUUUCCAAUUAUGGCAAGUUCUCGAGUAUGGGGAUUUAUCUUGUUAAUAGAGAGAUUAUGACAAAGCUUUUAAACAACUAUUUUCCCGAUAGAAAUGACUUUGGAACUGAAGUAAUACCUGGUGCAAUAUCUGCUGGACUGAAGGUUCAAGCUUAUCAGUUUGAUGGAUACUGGGAGGACUUAAGAAGCAUUUCUGCAUUUUAUGAAGCAAAUAUGGAAUGCAUAAAGAGGUCAAACAUGGGAUAUAACAGCUUCUGUGAUAGAGAGUCUCCUCUUUAUACCAUGCCAAGAUAUCUGCCUCCAACUACUAUAAGUGAUGCAGAAAUAACAGAUAGUGUUAUUGGAGAUGGUUGCAUCCUCAAUAGGUGCAAGAUCAAAGGAACAAUUGUUGGUAUGAGGACAAAAAUUGGAGAUGGGGUUAUAAUUGAAGAUUCAGUGAUUAUGGGAUCUGAUAUUUACCAAAAAGACUAUAUUCAAAAAAAUGGCAUGCACAUUCCAAUAGGAAUUGGUGAUGAAGCUCAGAUAAGGAAAGCUGUAAUAGACAAGAAUGCAAGAAUUGGCAGAAAUGUAAUGAUAAUAAAUAAGGACAAUGUGCAAGAAAGCAACAGAGAAGCUAAUGGCUACAUAAUCAGUGAUGGAAUAGUGGUUGUUCUACAGAAUGCAGUGAUCUCAGAUGGCAGCAUCUUAUGAUAUUAAGCAUGACCAUUUUGAUUUUUUUUUUUUUUUU